AUGUCGAAAAAUGAAAACAAAGAUGAUCUUUUAUCUAAAAAACACGAGCAUAAUUCUUCUAACAAUAAACAACAUAUUUCAUCCGAAAAUUUUGACGGUAAAGAAUUUACGUUAGUAGAUCCAUCGGGUACAUCCCAUAAAGCCAUAUUAUUUAUUGAGAAUAAACGAGGUCAAAAAUAUGAAGAAGAAGAAGUGGAGACUCUACCAUAUAGCCCAUAUAAAACUCAAUUACCUCCAACUUUUAUGGCACCUUCAUUAACAUUUCCACCAACUGGUAUUCCAACUGGCGUUCCACCAAUUGGUGUCCCUUCAACUGGCUUCAUUCCAACCAAUAUACAGCUACCUGAUCAACCGAUACAGCAGUCUUUAACAGUUCAACCGAAUAUAUCACAAAAUGAGACAGCCGAUCGAAGUGCAAUUAUUGCUUUACAACAACAAAUUCCAGGAUUGACGCCCAAUGAAGCAAUGGCUACGAUUCAACAAUAUCAACAACAGGGAAUUCCACCAGAA